AUGGAGGGUCGACGCUCUUCAACACUUCCGGGAGGUUCCCGUCGGGGUCAAACCGGGGGAUAUCUCCCAAUCGAGGACUAUGGAAUGAUAGGAAAUAUGCACACCUGUGCUCUUGUGGGAAUAGAUGGAAGUAUUGACUAUAUGUGUUGGCCUGAUUUUGACUCCCCGUCUGUUUUCUGCCGGCUGCUCGACAAGGACAAAGGAGGGCAUUUCUUUAUCUCCCCCCCUCCUGAUGUAAACUGUACUACCAAGCAACAGUAUCUCCCUUCAUCAUGUAUUCUACAAACAAGGUCUAUCCAUGAAGAUGGUGUCGUCGAUGUGGUUGACUUUUUCCCUCGGCCGCAGAAUAUCAAGGUUACCACCAAAGGUGUGAAGCUGAAUGCUUACCGGGAAGUCACCAAAGUUCAAGAUGAGCUCAAGAAGUGGUUGGUCCGCCGAGUGGAAUGCAUUCGUGGCUCAAUGAAUCUUGGUACCGUCAUCUCGACACAUAUCGAACUAUUUCCUUCUUUCAACUAUGGAAGAGAUGAGCACGAGACCACUCUCUUCCAAGAACAGCACUUCACGACUGAUAAUAAGAGUAAAGUUGCCUCGUUCCAUAGCAAGGAUACUCAGCUGCAGCUUGACGUUGCAAUUGAGAAGGGUGAGAACGAAACCAGCUGUCCUCUCAUAACCUUUAGAAAGGAGAAGCGCCCUGGGAUCAACGGCGAGGGCCUCGUGGCUUGCAUCCGUAUUGAAGAAGGCCAAACAAUUUCUUUUGUCCUUCGAAAUGAUAUUGAACACCAUGUCACGGAGAAUAUUACGACCGAUGUGCUUGAUGCUCAGCAGCACUCUACGCAAAGUUUCUGGUAUAAUUUCAUUGCGCAAUCGAACUAUAAAGGUCGAUGGAGAGAGGUUGUGUCUCGAAGUUUGAUGAUACUUAAGAUGAUGACUUACGAGCCUACUGGUGCCAUCAUAGCUGCCCCAACCUUCUCUAUUCCCGAAGCCAUUGGUGGCGUAAGAAACUGGGAUUAUCGCUUCUCUUGGAUUCGUGAUUCAAGUUUUACUAUCUACAUCCUGCUACGUCUUGGUUUCAAGGCCGAAGCAGAUGCUUACAUGGAGUUCAUCAUGGAAAGAUUCGUUCACUCACGUGGCCCAGAUGGAGGUUUGCCUAUUAUGUUCACCAUUCGAGGUGAGACUGACAUCCCAGAACUGACAUUGGAUCAUCUUGAAGGCUAUCGCGGCAGUAGCCCUGUUCGUAUCGGUAAUGGUGCGGCUUUUCACCAACAGUUUGAUAUUUAUGGCGAACUGAUGGAUGCUAUCUACUUGUAUAACAAAUACGGAAAGCCAGUUCCAUGGGAUGUUUGGAAGGCUGUUCGUGAGAUUCUUGAUUAUGUUCUAACUAUACUCGACGAUCCCGACAUGUCUAUCUGGGAGGUCCGAAAUAAUAAGCAGCACUUCACCUAUUCCCAGAUAAUGCUCUGGGUCGCAUUUGAUCGCGGCCUUCGUCUUGCUGAUAAGAGAUGCUUUCCAUGUCCCAACCGUGCCAAAUGGAUGGAGGCAAGAGACAGAAUUUAUGAGCGUGUCAUGGAACAAGGAUAUAACGAGGAGAUGAAGUGCUUUGUGCAAAGCUUUGAGAGCAGAACUAUGCUCGACUCCUCCAUUCUUAUAGCUCCUCUGGUGUUUUUCAUCUCGCCCUGUGAUCCACGGUUUCUCAACACUCUUGACCGUAUUCUCUUACCCCCAGAAAAGGGCGGUUUGACAAGUACCGGCUUAGUGUACCGAUAUGACACUGAGCUCUCCAACGAUGGUAAGGAAUCUCACAAUAACUUCAUCGAGGCGCAGUUGCUAAUGGGACAAAAUCACGAUAUAGGGGUAGGUGGUCAUGAAGGUGCGUUUAGUAUGUGUACUUUCUGGCUCGUGGAGGCCAUGACCCGAGCAGCUGUCUACGAGCCGAAGUAUUUGGUCAGGGCUGUGAAUCUGUUUGAGAAUAUGCUCGGAUUCUCUAAUCAUCUCUGCAUGUUCUCUGAGGAGAUCGCAAGAUCUGGGGAACAACUUGGUAAUACACCCCAGGCAUUCAGUCAUCUAGCCUUGAUCAGUGCUGCUUUCAACCUGGAUCGUACUGCAAGGUAA